ACCACUGAACCAAGCCAAGAAGGUUUAAUCUCCAAAUCUGCAAUGGCGGUUUCAAUCACUCUUGCUAAUACUUCACUGCCUUCUUCUCCGACGAAUUCUCAAAUAUUCUCCAGUUUGUCCAACUGCAGAUACCAUUCUAUCUUCUCCGUCAAUUUCCGCUCUCUCAAUAGGACUCAUCAACGCCAUCCUUUCGCCGUCCGAUCGCAGCUCUGUACGUCGGAAAUACUCGAAAAAUCGCUGCUCGUUCUCGCUGAAACGACGUCGGAGGAAGAACUAUGGGCUGCCGUUUGCUUGCGCAUCAGAUCCUUUUAUAGUUUCCGGGAAACUUUUGGCAUCGAUGAUCAUAUGAGAUACUUGGCUGAGCGUGAGUUUGAAGCAUUGAAAGAACGAAUUUCAGGGAAGACUAAGGGUUUUAAAAGAGUUUCUUGCUUGAAUGCAACUGUUCCUUUGUCACAUAUAUCAAAAUUUUCAGAAUUAUCUGCAGCAUGUAAGUAUUCAGUUAAUGGAGAAGAACGGGCUGUGGUUGGCACUCUUGAUCUUAAUCAGUGUGUGAGGCUUCCAGAAGAAAUUGCUGGACAGAAACCCGAGAACAUUGGUGCUGAUUUUGCUAGAGCAUAUUUGAGCAAUGUUUGUGUUGCUAAAGAGUUGCAGAGAAAUGGACUGGGGUAUGUGCUUGUUGAAAAAUCAAAGACAAUUGCUAAAGAUUGGGGAAUAUCGGAUCUGUAUGUCCAUGUUGCGGUGGAUAAUGACCCAGCUAAACAUUUGUACAUGAAAAACGGUUUUACAUGUGAAAGUGAAGAGCUUGCAAGGCAAGCUCGAUUUCUAGACCGACCACGCAGGCUUCUUCUAUGGACAGAAAUCCUCAACUCGUGAAAGUUUGGAUUUCAGUAGUUCAUCCGCCUACGCCUACACAUGUUAAGUUAAUUGAUCGAUAGGAUUUUCGAUCAAUAAUUUAUCAAGGAAAUGUAAAGCAAGGUGGGAAGAACUCAAGAUGUAAUAAACAAUUGCUAUUAUUAUGUUCAUUGCCAUUGCCAUUGCCAAUUCAACUGUUUGUGUUUAGUUUGA